AUGGUGCUAAACCUAGCUGCCGCGAUUCCAGAGGGAAACUAUUUUACUGCACCCGAUCUAUCCGCCAUUGCUCGAUCUCUGGACGAGCAGGAGGCAGAGUACGAGGAGCGGAGCCAUGACCACGAUAGCGCCAACAUGGACGACACAGGGUUCUUCUCGGUGCAAGUCCUCGAGCGGGCACUUCAGGUCUGGGGACUUACCCUGGUGCGAUGGCGAAGUGAAACCAUGCGCCCAUACCAGGACCACCCACACACACAGAUAGCCUUCAUCCUGAAUCUUCAACAGCAUUGGUUCACCCUCCGACGCUUCGGAGCACUUUCGUCAAAUCCAUCCAUAGAUGCCGACCAAGGCAUGAGCCACUGGUUCAACCUCAAUUCGUUCCUCCAGGCACCAGAAUGGAUCAGCAAACUCUAUCUGGGCAUGGUCCUGCAGCAGGCCGAGGCUGAAGGCUACUCGGUAUUUGCAAUUGUUCAGGAGAAUCCAAAUGAACCCAUUUCCCUCCCGCGCUCGCAAGCAGACGACCUUGCUGCUGCCAUUUCCGAACCGUCCUCGCGCCCUGGCGCAUACCUCUCCACCACACGGACACCGCCGCCAGAGGGCGCCUCCCGUGCACCUGCCCUCGCUCCUGAAGGCUUCGAAGACGAGGACAUGGAGCUGCAGGCCGCACUACAGGCAUCGCUACUAAGCGGUACGUAUGGCAGUGCACACAGCUUCUCACACGAUCCCGCCCCCGUCAUUCCCCCGCCCAUCCCGUCGUCAACCCGUCCCGUCGCAGGCGGGACGCCGACGCGCCGGCACGCAGGCCACACGCCGCCCAUGUUUAUCGAGGAAGACGAGGACGAGGACGAGGACGAGGAGAUCGUGGAGGUUGACCCGAUCGCGGCGAGCAUGGCGCGCAACCGUGCGUUCCUGCAGCGGAUGCAGCGCGAGCAGGAGAUGGCGCUGCGCGAGGGGUAUCAGGAGGAGCUGGCGCGCGGCGCCCAGCGCGGACACGCGCCGGAGGGGGACGAGGACGAGGACGAGGCCUUCCGCCGCGCACUCGCCGAGAGCGAGGCGAUGGCGCAGGCGCAGCGCGGGGGGCCGGACGAGGGCGGCAGAGUCGACGACCUUGACGACGAGCCGCCCGUGGUUCCCCCGCGCAUAUCCCCGCCGCAGCCGCCGUCGGCGCGGAGUCAGCACCGUGUGUACGACGACGAGGACGCGGAGCUGCAGGCGGCGCUGAGGGCGUCGUUGGAGAGCAUGCCAGAGGGCUUCCAGAUGCCCGAGACCCCCCCUCCGCGCGCGGCUCCGCCACUACCCAGCCCCGGCGCGAGCACUCCUUCGCUGCUACCGCCCUUGCCAGCUCCAGCAUUGGUGAGGCAGCCUUCUAUUGCGUCAGAAUCGGAGGGCGGGUUUGAGACGGAGUCAGAGGCUGAGCAGCCCCCGGUGGAACAGCUGAGCAUGGAAGAGAUUCGGAGGAGGCGUCUGGCGCGAUUCGGAGGCUAG